AUGGGAAAAGUUAGGGUUACAAAAAACCUAUCAAUAUUGUUGUUAUUAGUAUGUUCCUUAGCUCUAAAUGUUUUGUUUAUACUUAAGAGAGUGAGAGUUUUUGAUGAUGAAAGUAGUAGUAGUGAUGAGCUGAGUUGGAGUAGAAGGCCUGCAAGGGAAGCUGAGAGAGUGGCAGCCAUCUCAUGCUCCGGCCAUGGAAGAGCCUUUAUCGAUAGCAGCUUGGUCGUUGAUGAAGAAGAAGAAGAAGAAGGACCUGUUUGUGAGUGCAAUUCUUGCUAUGCUGGCUCUCACUGUCAGAACUUUCUUCCUUCUUGUCCUGUAAAUGCCAAAAGUGGAGAUCCAUUAUUCUUGGAGCCAUUUUGGAUGGAAAAUGCAGAAAGCAGUGCAAUGAUGGUGGCUGGUUGGCAUAGGAUGAGUUAUACCUUUAAAGAUUCAGGUUACAUGUCCAAACAACUUAAAGCUCGCCUUCGCCAAAUGCAUGCCAUUGUUGGAAAUGCAGUGACUGAGGGAAGAUACAUUAUUUUUGGUUCUGGCUCAACACAACUCAUCAAUGCUGCUGUUCAUGCCCUUUCAUCUCAUAAUUCUUAUUCUCCUUCUUUAGUUGUACCAAGAAUCCCUUAUUACUCGCUUUACAAACAACAAACAGAGUUUUUUCAAGAGGUGGAAUACAAGUUUGAAGAUGAUGCAUCUUUGUGGAUGAAUGAUAGUGCUACCAAUAAUCUAAUUGAAAUAGUAACCUCACCAAACAAUCCAGAUGGGCAGCUCAAUCAUGCCCGUCUUCAACACCCAAAUGACAAAGCCAUAUACGAUCGAUUUUAUUAUUGGUCACAUUUCACUGCCAUUUCAUCUCCUGCUGAUGACGAUAUUAUGCUCUUUUCACUUUCCAAAUUCAUUGGCCAUGCAGGCACUAGAUUUGGAUGGGCGGUGGUGAAGGAUGAGACUGUGUUCACAAGGAUGAGUAGAUACUUGACUCUGAACACCGUGGGAGUUUCACACGAGUCUCAAUUAAGAGCUCUACGUCUUAUGAAAGUAAUUAUUCAAGGAAAAGAAGAAGAGACAAUGUUUGAUUUUGGGUAUAAAACAAUGAGAAAUCGUUGGGAAAAAUUGAAUGAUAUCGUAUCAAUCUCGAAACGCUUUUCCCUUCAAAAUAUAGAAUUUCAAUACUGUAAUUUCUUCCACAAAAUUAGAGCACCUUCUCCAGCUUUUGCAUGGUUGAAGUGCCUGAGAAAAGAAGAAAAAGAUUGCCAUGCAGUUCUCGCAGCAGCAAAUAUAAUGGGCUGUAGAGGAAGCACUUACGGUGCAGAAGACAAGUUUGUACGACUUAGCCUCGUAGGGACUCAGGAUGACUUUGAUCAUCUACUACACCAAGUAAAGAUUUUGAUCUCAGAAGAAAAGCCAAAUCGAUUUGAUUCAGAUCAUAUACCUUGUGAUCUUUUCUCAUUUUUAUAA